CUGUAAUUGUUUACUCAAUUCGUUCCUAAUCUAAAUGACUGACUUUCUUCUGUGAAACACAAAAGAUUUGUCUGACAGUUUUUGUCUGUUAGUGUCCUUCAGGCUUUCAUUGUGUGGACAAAAAAACUCUUAAAAUACUGCGUCUUUUGUGUGAACAAUCCCUAUAAGACUGGAUUAAAGCUGAAUUGCUCCUCGAUAUCUGUUAGUCUCUCUUAGUAAAUUUUGCUUUAAAUAUAUAGUUUUUGUAUAUUUGUGCUCAUAAAAAAAGAAAAUAACACAUUUCUAAUUUCUAAUAAGUUCAAAUCUAAUCUAAAUCCAAACCAGUUGCACUAAAGCCUGGAUGACAUUAAUUGCUUACUACACAGUAAACGGGCAAGGCUACUCAUCUUGAGCGAGUUUUUUUUUCUUUCUCCUCUUUCCCUCUGGCUGCCUCCUCCAUUUUCUCUCCCUGCUCUGAAAUGGCUGUGAAAUUUCCCACUUGGGCGAGACUGUCGUCUGUUUUGGCUUAAUGUAGGAAAUUGACUCAUUUUGUGGCAUUGAUUUCCUCUCUGCUGCAUAGAGAUCGCUAGCAGAGCAAACCUGAGAGCGGUCGAUAGCCCUUCAGAGGGCUGGAUAUGUGUGCCGCACCCCUCCUCUCAUUGGAGAGAGAGAGAGAGAGCGCUCAUGUGUCAUUGUUUGUUUCUCCCAUUUUCUCACAACCCUCACCUAUAUAACUACAUCAAGUGGUUUAAUCAUGAGAAAUAAAAAUGUAUCUUCUGGGCCGGAGAAUGGUCUUAAAAAGUGAUAUAACAGAGACAUGCAAUGGUUGCUGAAACUGUUUAACAGUUACCAACUUUUGUGUUCAGCAGAAGAAAAGGUGUCAUACAGGUUUGGACCAACAUGAGGGUGAAUAAAUGACAGCAUUUUCAUUUUUUGUGAACUAUCCCUUUAAAUGAUGUGCAUCUAAUAAUGUCAUCUUUAUUGACUGCAUUCUCUUUGAGUUCAGUAGAUCAGUGCUUGUCCUUUCUGUGAACACUUCCACAGUAAGCAUCACUUUACCUUUAUACAGGAAAGUCAGCCUCGACAGCUGUUCAGGGAACUCAUUAUCAGGUGAACGUCUUCAUGUGGUUCUGAGGUAAUUAAAGGAUCAAUAAAACAACAUGUGAGGGUUGUCUCAUCAGCACUGCUUUACCUGCACUGAUGCUUGUUCUGGGUCAAAAUCACUUAUUAUUAUUAUUAUUAUCUUAUUAUUUGUUGGGUGUAAUACACUUACUGACCAGGUGGUGUCAACACUGUAUUUCCUUUCAUUUUUUUCCAAUUGCCUUGUAUUUUUAUUAUAAUUUUUUUUAUAUAUAUAUAUACAGAUCCCCCAUCAAGAAACAAAUGCACCAUCACAGUGAAACUUAAUAUAUAUUGUAUACAAAGUGUUAAAAGUAUAUCUGCUACAAGUUUAUCUGCUAUUUACAACUGUAAAUAUCUUAACAUUUAUAAAAUCAAGUUAUCAAGUUUUGUUAUUUACCAAUGUAUAACAUUCCAGACACAAACACAUGAUCCUGUAGGUUGGUGUGCUAGAGGAAUGUAACAAGGUCCUGUUAGAGGACAGCAGUGUUUACUCUCAGACAAUUCAGCUCCGCUCACAAAGUUACUCAGACAUACAGAAUGCCACCCUGGACUAACAAACUGAGAAGAGCUACACAACGAGUUUCAUUUAUCCUUUACUAGUUUUUAACUAAAUUAAAUCUACUUUAGUGGGGAAAAAAGACCUUCAGGCUGCUAGAUGGAGUAUAACAGCAAGCAAUUUCUGUUAAUCUGGCUUGGUUCAAAUUGAACGUCAACAUAAGGAGUCACCAAAGGGUUAGUCAACGGACAAGCAAUUUGGUGGAUUGGUGGCUACAUUAUGGAUGCGCUGGUGCUUUGCUUCUCCUUGGCACUAGGACUAAUACAGACUACAGAGGAAAAGGUUCUCAGACGGGGCACAGUUCCCCCACAUAUUGUUUUCGUGAUGGUGGAUGACCAAGGCUACAAUGACAUUGGGUACCAUGGCUCAGAGAUCCACACACCCGUGUUGGACCAGCUGGCUGGCGAAGGGGUGAAACUGGAAAACUACUACGUUCAGCCCAUCUGUUCCCCCACACGCAGCCAGCUUAUGACUGGACGGUAUCAGAUUCACACUGGGCUUCAACACUCGAUCAUCCGUGCACGGCAGCCCCUCUGCUUGCCCCCCGACAUACCGACGCUCCCUGAGAGGCUCCGGCAGGCUGGCUACAGCACUCACAUGGUAGGGAAAUGGCACCUGGGUUUUUGCCGGCCUGAGUGUCUGCCAACAAGCCGUGGCUUUCAAAGCUUCCUUGGAUCGCUGACGGGCAGUGGAGACCAUUUUAGCUUCCAAAGCUGUGACGGUACAGAGGCCUGUGGGUUCGACCUGCAUGAUGGAAACCGGCCGGCCUGGGAGCUGAGUGGGAAUUACUCAACAAGGCUUUACACUGAGAGAGUGAAAGAAAUCCUGAGAGGUCAUGACCAGCAGACACCCCUGUUUCUAUAUGUGGCCCUCCAGGCCGUGCACACACCAUUACAAGCUCCUGGGCAUCUUCUCAGACGCUACCAGACCCUUGGCAACAGACCUCGGCGCCACUAUGCUGCAAUGGUGAGCGGGGUAGAUGAGUCAGUAGGGGAGAUUGUCAGUGAGCUGCGUGAGCGAGGCUACUACAACAAGUCUGUGCUCAUCUACUCUUCAGACAACGGGGGCCAACCUCUCUCAGGGGGUUGUAAUUGGCCCCUGCGUGGCGGGAAAGGCUCCUACUGGGAAGGUGGAGUUCGAGCAGUUGGUUUUGUACACAGCCCACUGUUGAAAAGGAAGAGGGUGGUGAGUCAGGCUCUGAUUCACGUUUCCGAUUGGUACCCAACCUUGCUGUCUCUUGCAGGAUAUAGAGAAUCUGAUUCCAGCCACCUGGACGGCCAAGAUGUUUGGGGUGCUAUAAGUAGCGGCCUGCCCUGUCCACGAACUGAAAUCCUCUUCAACAUUGACCCUGUGUCACGCAGGCUUGGAGAAGUCGACCCAAGACUUCUAAAUGUUAAUGGUUUUGGGAUCUGGGAUACAGGAGUGCGUGCAGCCAUUCGAGCUGGUGACUGGAAACUUCUGACAGGGAACGUAGGCGAUGGAGACUGGUUUCCUCCGCAGACGAUGCCGGGAGGUCCGCAGCAGUGGCAGGGCAUGGAAAAGAGACGUGACCAGCGAGGGAAGUCUGUCUGGCUUUUCAACGUCACUGCUGAUCCCUAUGAGAGGGCAGAUUUGGCAGAGGCACGGCCUGAGGUGGUCAAGGUACUGUUGGCCCGACUUGCUGAGUACAACCACACUGCUGUGUCUCCACGCAAUCCACCGGACGACCCGAUGGCUGACCCGCAACUUCAUGGAGGGGUGUGGACUCCCUGGCUGGGUCAGGCAGAGGAAGGAGAUGAAGGGGAUGAUGAAGAACCAGACAACACCAACAGAAAGGCCAGAUCCAAGAGUACCUGCAGAGUCUGCAAACUCAGGGCCUUGUUCAAAAAGGUUGGUACCCGUAUGCAAAGGGCCGCUUUGUUCUUGUAGUCAGAAGAGCUAGUUGUGGACAGGAUUUCUGCAUCCACAAAGCCAUUUUUUGCUGGCAGUGUGAAAAUAUUUGCAGCGACACUGAACUGUUUAUGGCCUUCCCGCAUUAUUACACGGUAGUUCAAAGAUUUCACUUACCAGCCAUGAGCUUAUUAGACAGUUCCCAUCUGUAUGAUGCAAUGGAUUUAACCGAACAGUUCAGUUCCUUUUGUUAAUGGAACUCAGACAACAAGCAGUCUGGAUUUGAUCACAUGUAAUUUCCACAAGUACUUAAUGUAGAUAUUGCUGGGUCUUUAUUAGAUGAUACAGUCAUUUGAAUACAGAAAAUGAUGUAAGCAGUGGCAUUGAUUUGAUCGGGAAUAAUACAGCAUUUAUAUUGUUCUCCACUUGUUCAUGGACCAGUGUUCUCUUAUCCACCCUCUGGUUCACUUUCUCUCAUCUAUCUGUUCUUUCUCUGACAAGCCUCUGCCUUGCACUCCUCCUCACGCUUCUUUCAUUCUCCUACCUUUUGCUUUAAUGCUUGUGCUCUGACAUUACCCACCACAACCAGAAUAACACGAUUCUUCAUUGUUUCUUCACUUUCUCCUCCACCUGUUCCUCUUGCAUUCCUUCCCAGUUUGAGUAGAUCAGGUCAGUGCAGAUGUAAAAGCAAGAAUGUCAGAACAAGAAAAAGAGCGAUAAACUAAGUUAUUUUCUGUAAAACGAGGGCUAUUUGAGGAGGAGGAAAAUCAUUCUUGGGUUUGAAGGCUGUGUGCCUUUAUACUAGACAUUCUUGGCCUGUUCAUCUCCCAGUUUCAAGAGACUUUAACUCGAUCACAAGACGUGAUGAAAUUUGCUCUGUAUUCAGUGUAAUGCAUAUUUUGAACUAACAGUUUAGAAAUAUUUUGAAUAUUUAAAUUUUACCUCUACGUAUGUAAAUGGUUUUACUCUAAUGUAAAUGUAUUUGUGAUUGUCUUCUGUCAGCAGUGGCACCCCUACAAAAUAAUCCAUCCUUUUGAUUUGUUCACAAUAACAUAGUCCUCCCAUGAAGAUGUGUUCAGUCACAAACCAUAAAUGAAAAACUAACCUCUAUCAAGCUACAAAGAAGUGACCUCCAUUAAACACAUUCAUAUGAAGUAAUUAAACAAGGAGAAUGUUUCCUUAAGUUCUACUGUAAGGAAUGCUUCACUGUUGCAAGAUAAGGAAUCUAGAGCAAGGUAAAAGUCAAUGCACUGUUAAAGACAAUGUUAGUACGUAGUUAAGAUAAUGCAAAACAGAUGUUUACCUUAAGAGCUGCAGAGCAAGAAUUACUGUAUCUUUUGUUGGAGACUGUUGUUGUUAAAAAAUUUAUUAAACCAUGAUUCAAACUGACUGAUCUGCUCCUACUUUCCAGCAAAUUGUUAUUGCUUAAUAUUGUGAUGUUCUUUUGUUAAAGUGUUAAAUGUAAAAGGGCUAGGUGGCCUAAACAUGAAAAUUUCAUCAUUUAUCUACCCUCAUGUCAAAACCUGUAUGACUCUCUUCUGUUUUUUAGUCCAUACAGUCAAAGUCAUUUGGCACCAGAACAAUCUGGUUACCAACAUUCUUCAAAAUAGCUUGUGUUCAGAAGAAGUAGUUAUAUUAUAUGUCAGUCAUACAGGUUUGGAACGACAUGAGGGCUAGUAAAUGAUGACUUCAUUUUCAUUUUUGGGUGAACUAUCCCUUGAAGGCGUGAAUACAUUUGCUCUAAACUUGUGAAAUUACAUAAAAACUACUUCAGACAUAUAUUUUGGAAACACAAAGUCUAGUGUGGCCACACCUUUAUAAUCUCUGAUGUAAAUCUGUUGUAUACUUAUCUUAGGUCAUAGUCCAGAGGGCAUUUUUAUUUCCUGUUAUUAUUUGCCCAUUCAAAAGAAGUGAAAAAACUCUGGAAUGUACCUGGAUGAAUUACAACUACAUAACUAUAAAUGUUAUAAUUUGACCAAUACAACAAAAACACUUCCUCCUCCUGUUUAUCUCUGAAAACAACUCAAAACCGCAACAACCCACUUUGGAAAGACUUCAACUGUGGUAAGAAUGCACAAUGGGCUGGCCCAGAGAGAGAGAGAGAGAGAAAGAAACAAACCGAUCUGACUAACUCCCUCACUCUGUGUAUGAGUCAUUCUGAACACAUGCUGGGUUUGGCAUCUCUUAAAGGUGCUGUGAGCGAUUUGUUUAAGAAAUACCAAGCAUAAAAUGUCCUUACUGCCUGACAGAUACAGGCAUUCAGGUUAAAAAAAGGGACUAGGGCUCCAAAAAAACUAAACAUUUAGGGGCCAAAUUAUGUUUUUGUUGCCAAACUGCAGAAUCAUUUGAUACAGAUGGUUGAACGGGAACCCUGUUGUCCAUGCUCACAAUUUAUCGUAGUGGAUAAGAAACUACACCAACUAGUAUGGAACAGUUACAGAAGACGCUGUACUACUAGUGUGUGUAUAUAGGAACUGAGUGCAUAGCUUUCUUUACACUUAAACCACAUGUUAUGCUACAUGCUGUGAUGAAGGGAUGUUGUAGUGUUAUGUUUCUCAGGCUCAUUUAGAUCUGAUGCCAUCAUUUUGAAGAUCAUAACUGUGUUUGUGCCACAUAAAUGUCAGUUUGUUUUAUAAGAAUAAUUCUGCCUGUUUGAAUUCAAAUGUGUUGCAUUAUUUGUUUCCAAUAUGUCAUAUGCCUACAGUCAUACUCCCAAACAAAGCUCUCCUGAAUCGAUUCAACCUUAUACAACUGAGCCUCGCUAUACUGGACAAUAGCUUGUUUUUUGUAACACUUAUUUAUUUUUGGAAUAACACCAAUUUAUUGCAAAACUCUUGAAAUGUGUAUAUUGUACUGUGUGAACAACUACUCAGCAAUGCUUGAAGUGGAUGUGUAUGUCACUGUAACAGUCUUCAAUUCAUUCCCAAUGGGACGUACCCAAAAGGACUCUCUCCAGUGAGGGAGUAAGCUAUGAACAGCUUGAUUCACGGUCUCAUUCGGUGUGUGUUCACUGCUGUGUGUGUGCACUUGGAUGGGUUAAAUGCAGAGCACAAAUUCUGAGUAUGGGUCAUCAUACUUGGCUGUAUGUCACGUCACGUCAUUUAACAAGCACAACACAGCAAAAAAGAUGUACUGUAAAAUAGUCAUAAAAGAAACACUGAGACACACUUGUAACUAACCUUUUUGUACUGUUAACCACUGUGCAUGUUUGAAUUUGUAAACAUCAGGUUGCUGACAAGUCUUUGAAGGCUGGGGUUUUUGUAAAAGUGCAGGUUAUUGAAGGAAUGGGGGUGGUCUAAUUCACAUUGGCGCAAGUUAGCAAAAUGACUGAAAUCGCUUACAGCAUCUUAAAUACAUCCCAAGUUAAAUGGUCCUGCUAAGAGCAGUAAUGGAUUACACAUUUGCUUUACAAAUCAAUAAAGCAACAUAAUGCUGUGCUGUGGCAAUAUAAUCAUCAAUGGGCAGCAGGCAACUCAUUACAGGCAAAUUAUAAUUCAUAAGAUGGUGAUUGUGCUAAUGUAAAGACGUCAAGUGUAAUACGAUACAUUUGCAUUAAGCCCAGCAAACUGCUCUUGAUAUUUUAGCCUGUUUUGUGACUCUUCAGUUGAUCUUCAGUUACACAGAUGAAGUGAUAAUGCGGUCAGAGCUUGACAGUGCUGAUAACGCUUUCAUUUUACUAAAUCUCAUUUUUAAACCUUAUAACACACACUAACAGACAAAAUAGGCUGAUUUUGACACAUUAUGUAUAACAUAUAUAAUUCAAACAUGAUCUGCAUAUAUAUAGUCUGUAAUACUUAAAGCAGCACACUUUCCUGAAGAACUGAUGCUGUCUGGCAGCAAGCCAUCCAUCCUCUGCUGCUGAGCUUUUGCAGAGGACUGAGUGUACCAAAAUGUGGCUUUUCCCAGCAUGCAAGGACACAUUCUCAUACACAGCCCACUGUACAGAGCAUCAGCACUACGGGAACACUGCAAUUAAUAACCCCCCACCUCUACUCUGAUCUAAUUAAGCUUUCAUAUCAACCUGCCUCUGUGUAAUUACAGUCCCUGCACUUCCUAUGCAUUCAUUUCUAAUCGGACUGUUUUGCUCCACAAGGUUGGCCAUGAAAGAAGAGAGAGCAUUUACAAGCAUGAGACCGUGAAUUGUUACAUUCUUUUUCUAAGAAGCGAUAAAAGUCCACAUAAUGGACUAAUAUAAUGGCUGAAACCUGAAGCAGGCUUGCAUCAUAUGAGUAAAUCAAUAACGUGGCAGAGUACAUUUUUUCAUCUGUUUGUGCAUGCACACCUGCAAAUAAUAAAUGACUUUGUACCUGUUGUUUUAAAUGGCUGUUUUUUUUUUUUUUUUUUUUAAGAUGGUCAUUUAGAA